AACGCAUCCCAGGCAGCAACACACCUUCGCUACCAUGAACGGCAUCAAGGCAGAACCCAGCAUCAAGGCGGAAGGCGACAUAGGUUUCAUGGACGAUGACUUCUACGAGGACACCGGCGAGAUGAGCAUAAACAAGGACAAUCCUGAGCAGGAUGUCUGGCUCACGCGCAUUCCGGACUGGCUCUACGAGGCAGUGUCCAAAUGGGAAAACGUUGCCGACGGGAACGACAAUGAUCAGAUUCAGAUUGGGGAAGUCCUCGCGUUUGCGACCACGAGCGGCAUCGACAAGGACAAGCCUAUGCGGGUCUUCCUCGACGAUCGUUGGCGCGCAAAGUCCAACUUGCCUUCUGCCUUCCAGCUCGAUCCUGCAGCCGCUUCCGAAGCGCAACUGGGCAACACAUACAUCUUUACAGAGAAGGAUCUGCCAGGGUUCAAGGGACAAGGCUUUGGCUAUGGGAGAGGGCAUGGAGGCUUUGGUGGUGGUGUGCAAGAUCCGAAUGCGCGCGUCCAGAAGCGGAGCAAGUACAAGAAGGCGAUCCCCAAACAGACUGCCCUCGUCGGCCACGCGACAAGGCAAUACAAUGCGAACCCUCUCGAAACUAAGGAGUUCAAGGACUUCAGCGCCGCGCGCAUCAAGCAAGCCAUUCAAGGCUCCUACACCACCACCAUUAUCACGAAAGACACCGAAGUGUCCGACGUCAACAACUCCAUCACCCUCAAUAACCGCUUCAAGAACUUCAUCAAGCCUACGACCAAGGCCAAGUCACAACAGAACAAGGCGGCUCGUAUGGCUCGCUCCGACCUCAUCGACGUGCUGCAUCAGCUGUUCGACGAAUACCAGUACUGGCCGAUGAAAGCUAUCAAGCAGCGCACAAAACAACCAGAACAGUAUCUCAAGGAGGUGCUUGGCGACAUUGCGCUGCUUGUCAAGUCUGGGCCCUUUGCGAGCAACUGGAAGCGGCAGGCCGUCUUCGACAACCAACGCGAUACUAGUAAGCAAGCAGAGGCAGCUGCGCCAGAGGGUCCGGGUGAUGGCGAUUCAGAGGGCGAGGACGAGAUGGAGGAUGUAGUCUAGAAGACUGUGGUAGGAUGGGGUGAUUGAUCAAAUUGUUGCGUUGGCGAUACCCAGUCCGUGAAGAAACAUACACGGCGCCAUAAGGAGGAGCUUUAUCGUUGUAAGGGUUCUCAUAAUUGCAUGCUACCAUUAGAAUAGACACUAUUAAUGUGUUAGAGUGUGUCAAUGUAAAACAGCGUAUAUGAUCAGAGUGUGAUGUAGCAUCAACGGGUCGUCGUAGCAAUGACGCGAUCUUAGCGACCAACAUCCAUGACUCGAGCGGACCUGGCCGACCCGCUCAUUUCACAAUCUCAUGGUCACUCCGAUUCCGACUUCUGAC